UGGCUGUUUAUUUAUUGCGCUAAUAAAUGAGUAAAGUAUUUCUAACAUGAAGUGGUAGACUGUUUAUGAAUAUGAAUUAGGUUCCUGAUUAUGUUAUAAAGAUUGAGAGACUGAGACUAGGAAACGCACAGUUCUAGAAUUUAAUUUACAUAUUUUCAGAUAGCCAACGAUGAAGAGACAAAAUGUUCGUACACUAUCACUUGUGGUGUGUACAUUCACAUAUUUAUUGAUUGGAGCUGCUGUUUUUGAUUCUCUUGAGUCUGGCACUGAGACUAAACGAUGGGAGGUAUUAUCAGAUAUAAAAGAUGGACUUGUCCGUAAAUACAACAUAACCCCUGAGGACUAUCACAUGAUAGAAAUAGUAAUUAUAGAGAAUAAGCCUCACAAAGCUGGCCCCCAGUGGAAGUUUGCAGGCGCCUUCUAUUUUGCUACUGUUGUUCUGGCUAUGAUUGGUUAUGGUCACUCCACACCUGUUACAGUUGGUGGAAAGGCUUUCUGUAUGGCUUAUGCUAUGGUAGGGAUUCCAUUAGGUUUAGUGAUGUUCCAAAGUAUCGGUGAACGUCUUAAUAAGUUCGCAUCAGUAGUCAUCAGACGGGCCAAGUGCUAUUUGCGCUGUAACACAACAGAGGCUACAGAGAUGAAUCUCAUGUUUGCUACUGGGAUGCUUUCUUCAAUCAUUAUUACAACAGGUGCUGCUGUAUUCUCUCGGUAUGAAGGAUGGAGCUAUUUUGAUAGUUUCUACUAUUGCUUCGUAACACUAACCACCAUUGGAUUUGGCGACUAUGUUGCUUUACAGAAUGAUCAAGCUUUGACAAGUAAACCUGGCUAUGUGGCACUGAGUCUGGUGUUCAUAUUAUUCGGACUAGCGGUGGUUGCAGCCAGCAUUAACUUGCUAGUACUGAGGUUUAUGACCAUGCAAGCGGAAGAGAAUGCCCGAGACGAAGACAAGGACAGUUGUAGAACGAUGUUGCCAAUCGACGAACACGUUAUUGCGGGCAGAAUGCGCUCCAACGAAGAUCAGGCAUCGGUAUGUUCCUGCAACUGCCUCGGCAACAAGCAAUGUGAAGGCGGAGCCCUACUGCCGACUGCUCCCACGAGGCCGCUGCGGACGCUCCAGAGACGAGCCUCGCUCGCGCCCGAGCUAGUAGAGCGAGCUUCUGUAUAAAACACUUAUAAAACUCUCUUUUAACAUCCUACAAAUCACACAAUGAUUUUUAAAUCGAUCUAGCAAAUAACUGAUAAUGAAGUGAAAAAAGUACCCAACCAAAGAUAAUACAAUUUAAAAGGUCCUUUUUUAUAUAAAAAAUGAAAAAUAUUCAGACGUUGAGUCUCAUACUUGUACUUUUACAACAUAGUAAAAUACAUAUUCUUCCUUGUAAGUAACAUAUGCCAUUAUUAUCAUCAUCAAUAGCCUAAAACAGUUUAAAUACAGAUAUACGAGUAUCUAACUGGCUGGAAGGCUGUAACGUAUAGUCGAAUUCUUUAUUCGUUCAAUCAACGCAUUCUUCCAUAAACGUUAUAUGCUAAAUAUUAAAAAUAAGUAUUAUACACGUACCUGUAUUGUAGUUUGUAGUAUUCGUUGUAGUGCCAAAAUUGUACCUUUUAUACAAUAAGUUAGAUUUUAAGUAAAAUUACUCCCGAAACAGUUCCGAUUGUUUCGACAUUAUGACGUCAAAGUAUAAUGAACCUAUUGCUCACUGUUAUAGGUAUUAUCCCUUUUUCACAGUUUAAGUUCGUUAACUUGCGUGAACUUGUACUAGGGCUACAGAGGAGAUGACACGUACUUAACUUUUCAAGAAAACUUACAUGCCUUGUGCUUUAAAGAGUAUUUGCUAACAUCAUCAACAUUACAUAGAUAUUUCCACACUUUAUGGUGCCCGUGUAUACGACUCCAUAGAGGAUCUUACAAAAUUCCUCUGCAGCAUUCAUCGUCAUCAUCAUAUCAACCCAUUACCGACCCACUACAGGGCACGGGUCUACCCCACAAUGAGAAGGGGUUGAGGCCGUAUUCCACCACGCUGGCCCAGUGCGUAUUCAAUUAUUUUAUUUGCAUAAAACAUUGUAGGUAUACAUGUUUAUACAAAAUCUAUGACAUGCAAAAUCAUUGGAUUCUAUUACUUCCACUUUAUUCUGACAUUGAAUUUUAUGUCCAUCUUAAAUUCCUGAUUUAUAAUAUUAGUGGAAACGGUAGGUAACAGGCCGGUAAACGUUGGUGAUGUUUCUCUCAUUUAUUAUCACCUCCAGUAAAGUCGACCAGCUAGAAUUAAUGGUUGUGUAGAUUUUACACAAUCAUUCAGCUUUAAUUAGGAUCCAUAUAAAAUGGAUAUACUGUGAUAUGAUUUGAUCUCAUUUUUUUAAGUUAAUUGUUGUUUUCAAUUGUAUAUUAUUAUUAUA